UUCACACAACCUGGUCGACGGACAACGACGGCGUCGUUUUGUCCACUUUUCAGCUUGGUUUAGAGAGAUCCAAAUCGCGUUAACUGAGAGAGUUCAGGCGAUCUCUCACGCUUCAAUCCCUCGCUGCUUCGUGCUCCGAUCCUUCAUCUCCCGGUGAGACAUCUUCUGCCAUCCAUGGCCGAGGAGAGAGAAAACGGUGGCACUCGUCACUCCGAUGAUGAGCUACUGCGAAUGAUUGCUGAGCUGAGAUUAGAAAACGACUUUCUCAGAUCCCAGUUUAAGGAGCAAGCGGAAGUGGUGGACUCGUCAUCUCAAGUGAAACAACUCGAAGAAACUGUAGAAUCAUUGACUAGAGAAAUCGAUGUGGAGAAACAAACUCGAGUUGCAGCUGAGCAAGCUCUUGAGCAUCUAAGGGAAUCGUACUCUGAGGCUGAUGCAAGAGCCCAAGAAUACUCCACCAAGUUUUCCCAAGCUCAGGAGAAACUGGAGCAGGAAAUCAAAGACCGCGAAGAGAAAUACGCCGACCUGGACGCCAAGUUCACCAGGCUUCACAAAAGGGCUAAACAACGCAUUCAAGAAGUCCAAAAGGAAAAAGACGAUCUUGACGCUCGUUUCCGGGAAGUGAAUGAAACAGCUGAACGAGCAUCGUCGCAGCACUCGUCCAUGCAGCAAGACCUGGAACGCACUAGGCAACAGGCUAAUGAAGCACUUAAAGCUAUGGAUGCGGAGAGGCAACAACUAAGGAGUGCCAAUAACAAGCUCAGGGAUACUAUCGAGGAACUACGUGCCUCAUUGCAGCCUAAAGAAAAUAAGAUUGAGUCGUUGCAACAGUCACUUCUUGACAAGGACCAGGUGCUCGAGGACCUGAAAAAUCAAUUACAAGCCGUGGAAGAGAGAAAGCAAACUGCUGUUACUGAGUUGUCAGCCAAACAUCAGAAGAACUUAGAGAGUUUGGAGGCACAGGUCGUGGAUGCUCUAUCUGAGAGGGACAAAGCAGCCGAAACCAUUUCGACCCUGCAGGUACUACUUGCAGAGAAGGAAUCAAAAAUCGCAGAGAUGGAGGCAGCUGCAACUGGCGAAGCAGCAAGGUUAAGGGCUGCUGCAGAAACUCUUAAAGGGGAGCUUGCACACCUUAAAGCGGAGAAUGAAAAAGAAAAGGAGUCUUGGGAAGCUUCAUUUGAUGCUCUCAAAUCUAAACUGGAAAUCGCUGAAAGCAACUACUUACGUGCCGAAACCGAAGUGGCUAAAAUGAGAAGUCAGCUGGGGUCUGAAAUGUCCAUGCAGACCCAGAUGCUAAGCACUAAAGAUGCUGAACUUAAAGGUGCAAGAGAAGAGAUCGACCGUCUCCAAAGUGAAUUUUCUUCUUACAAGAUCCGUGCUCACGCGCUUCUUCAAAAGAAGGACAUGGAGCUGGCUGCAGCUAAAGACUCUGAACAGAUCAAAUCUCUCGAGGAAGCUUUAAAAGAAGCUGAAAAGGAAGUAUAUUUGGUAUCUUCAGAGAGGGACAAGGCACGGCAAGAUCUUCAGGGUGCUUUAGCUAGUCUUGAAAAAGAACUUGAUGAAAGAGCUGGAGCACUUAAAAAUGCCAGCGAGCAGAUCAAAAGUCUUGAAUUGAAGCUUGAUUCCACUUUUGCUCGGAAUCAGGCGGAGAAACAAGCGUGGGAAGAAGACCUUCGAGUUUUAGAAGAAACAUGGCGACGAAGAUGUGAAGCUUUAACCGCUCAAAAUGAAGCAUCUUCUGCAGAAGAUCUAGAAAAGGAACUCGAAGAUGCUAAGCUGAGGAAUAAGCGACUGAAGGAGGAGCAUGAAUCAGUACGUGAGCUUGCAGAUAGACUCAUUGAGGAGAAGGAUCGAGAGAUAUCCAGACUCGUGGAUGAAAUUAAAAACCUUCGAAAAUCUAUGGAAUCAAAACCAGUAGUUCACCACUAUGGGAACAACAACACAGAGUCAAAACAGGAGGAUGUAUCUAACUUGAGCACGUCUGCCGCAGAACACCAGAUUCUGAUAUUGGCAAGGCAACAAGCUCAGAGGGAAGAAGAAUUGGCACAGACACAGCGGCAUAUUUUAGCUCUUCAGGAUGAAAUCGAGGAGCUUGAGCGCGAGAACCGGCUUCACAGUCAACAGGAAGCCAUGCUAAAAACGGAGUUGAGGGAGAUGGAAAGAAAACAGAAAAGAGAAGGUGUAGAUAUGACAUACCUAAAGAAUGUAAUUUUAAAGCUGUUAGAAACAGGUGAAGUGGAAGCUUUACUUCCGGUAGUGGGAAUGUUGCUCCAGUUCAGUCCGGAGGAGAUCCAGAAGUGUCAGCAAGCGUACCAUAGCUCAACGACAACAGCAACGGAAGCGAGUCAAGGUGGUGCGGCAAGUGAAGGUUCAGGUCUGUCCCUCUUCUCAAGAUUCUCGUUUUCCUAGUUUGAUUGGUGGGGCACUGGACAAUUUGGACACUGGAGACGAGAGCUACAUCACAUUCUUUUUGGGCCAAGAUUAUAAGAUUCACAUAUAUUACUUGUCUUUUUUCUUUCUUUCUCAAGUCCUUAGUUUUGUGUAAUGAACUAAAAAGCGAAGAAAACACAUUGUCCAGAUGUUAUUUUUUUAUAAAGAAAAUGAAUUGAGUUGGGCCAUUAAAA